AUGGAAAAUAUAGAACGGAGUAAGAGAAGCGUCACAUUGAUAAGGGAACAAACUAAAGAAAAAUUAGCAACAUUGCAUGUUGAUUUUGAUAAUUAUAAUCGAGCUAUUGGAGAGUAUCAACCUAAAUUUGCAAGUUAUUGUGGAGUCGCGGCCAGGAGUAGGAUUUCUAUACUUAAAGAGAGUUGGGAUAAAGUAUCUAAGUCAGAGCUCCAUAACUUGUGGUUGGACAUUAAGAAUAUACCAAAUGAUGCUCCCAAAAAACAAACACUUAAAGUAUGCAACCAGUCAUGGAGGGCCUACAAGUCGACGCUUGUUACUGAUUUCAUGGACAAUGAUCUUGAUGCAUCAACUUUUUACCCGUACCUAACCAAAGAAGCAUGGGAAGAUUUUGUUAAGCUAAAAUCCACUGAAGAAUUCCAGGAAAAAAGGAAAAAAAGGAAGGAGACUGUGAAGAAGAACAAAAAUCCAGCUCACUUAGGCCCAUUGGGGUAUCGUGGGAACAAAGCUCGGUGGGAUAAAGAUAUCGAGUUAGGGGAUUACAUUGUAGCGCCUAAGAGUGAGCAAUUAGCGGAUGAGUUUAUAUCAAAAGAUAAACCCGAAGUUGAUUUGAUGGCAAAGGUUUUAGGAAAAGAGCACCCUGGACGCACGAGGGCGGUGGGUUAUAAUGUCACUCCAAAAGAAUCAAGGAUUAACCAGAACAAUAGGAAACAACAAGAGUUACCAGAUUUGGAAGAUUUGGUGACGAGGCUAGAGGAGAGUUUGUUUAAUAAGUUAUAUGAAAAGUUAUAUGAUAAGCUGAUGACUGAUAUGGUGUCUGAUAUGAUGGCUAAGGUGGUAGAGACUGUCGGGGACAUGGACGACUCUAUGGUGGCUACUAGUGUGAAUGAUGGCAUGAUGCAACAUAAUGAUACUCGUAGGAACGAGGCAAUAAAAUGCAACCAACAAACGUCGAAUUGGGAGUGUGGCUAUUACAUCUCAAAGUGGAUGCAUGAAAUGGUGAUCUACAGACAACGAGGAUUUCCUAAAAACCUUUGGAAUGAUAAAACAUCAUUUACGGAUGCGGAGUUGGACGAUUUUGUUGAGUUUUGGAUGACAUCUCUUGUGGAGAACUAUUUCAAAUGA